AGUGCUAGGGGAGUGACUUCUCAGCUGACACGAUGAGCCGCUUGCUUCCGCAGACCAUGAAGGCUCUCGUCAAGACAGACGAAAAGGAGUCGUACGAGCUUAAAGAGAUUCCCGUCCCGCAAGCACAAGAAGGAGAGUUGCUCGUUAGGAUUCUGAAGGCGUCGAUCUGUGGCUCAGACAUCGCGCUGUAUAGAUGGAACGAAGUGGCUCAAAUCAUUGCCAAAGUUCCUUUUACACCCGGUCAUGAGUGCGUAGCAGAGAUCGUUGGUGUUGGUCCUAAUUGUCCACCUGAGUUUACGGUUGGUAAACGAGUUUGCUGUGAGAACCACUACUACUGCGGUUAUUGCUAUCAAUGUAGCCAUGAUCAAAGACACAUUUGUCAGAACUUGAGUCAGUAUGGACACGGGAAAGGCACCGUGCAUGGAGCAUGCUCACAGUACAGCAUCAUUCCAGCUCGAUAUGCAUAUCUACUAAAGACGGACAUUGAUGACAACACGGCUUGUCUUUUGGAACCCUUCGGAGUUGCUCAUCAGGCUGUUGAGGGACUGUUUCCAAGUGGUGAAACUGUCUUGGUUCAAGGAUGCGGACCGAUUGGCUUGUUUUGUAUCGGCAUUUGUAAGACACUGAAAGCAUCAAAGAUCAUUGUCACUGACGUCAUCGAUGAGAAACUGGAGAUGGCGAGAACAAUGGGUGCCGAUGUUGUUGUGAACAGUAAGAAGGAGGACCUUCGUACUGCUGUUAUACGAGAGACUAAUGGCGAUGGAGCCGGGAGAAUCGUCGAGGCUACUGGCUACCCACCACUAGUUAACAAUUCAUUUUCAUUACUGAGGAAAGGUGGCAGGAUUGUUCUCAUUGGAUUACCAAAAGCUCCUCUUCAUGUUGAUAACGUCUUGUCUGAUAUUGUUUUCAAGUCGUUAACUAUGACGACAGUUCAUGGCAGGAAGAUCUUUCACACGUGGGAAAAAUCGGAAGAAAUGCUUCAUCAGAAAAAAGUCGACGUCAGUGUCGCUGUGACUCACGAAUUCCCAAUGAGCCAAUUCGAGAAGGCAUUCGAGGUCCUCUUCUCUGGCCAAGCAUGCAAGAUCAUGCUCAACCCUCAAGCCUAAUUCCACAGUCAACUACCACUUUACUACACAACAUUUUUACUAACUGCACACAUUUUAAUUAAUCAAUUUUUUUAUGACGUGGACACCAGCUGGGCUGUUGGACGGACGACAUUCUUGCACACUUUUUCUUCCUCCUUUACAAAUAUUUAUUAUUACACAUUGAAGCCUCUCUGCCCGCCUCUCACAACUCUAAUCAACCCCGCAUACAACGAAACGGUCACAGUCUCGCGUAUCUAUGUACAUUCAUCUGCGCAUGCGCACACAAUACAACACAAAGACUCCGGGUGACGUCACAGACACUAAAACUUCCGGGGUCCACAAGCCCUACGCCGUCAUACAUCCAUAUGAAACUGCUGAUCUUCCGGCAGCUGACCGGCUCGCCGUUCGCAUGGUUGGAGCUCCAUACGUUCGGGCAAUUCGGAAAUCGUCGGCUGUUUGGGCGGUGAUCUCGACGAUGACGUCACGCACGUGACACCA